AUGGGCUUGUUCGCAAGUUUCCUCGAUACGUUCUGCGAGCACUGCUCCACGCAGUCCACCUACACUUUGGUCUCAGUGGCCGUACUGUCGUUCAUUGCGCUGUCCAUCGUCCUGAAUGUUUUCCGCCAAUUGUUCCUCAAGAAGGCUCAUGAGCCCCCAGUAGUCUUUCACUGGGUCCCCUUCGUAGGAAGUACAAUCAGUUAUGGCAUGGACCCUUACGCCUUCUUCGACCAGGCACGCGCAAAGUAUGGCGAUAUUUUCACCUUCGUUCUCCUCGGCAAGAAGACCACAGUCUUCUUAGGUACCAAGGGAAAUGAGUUCAUCCUCAAUGGCAAACUUCGCGAUGUCAACGCCGAAGAAGUCUACUCCCCCCUCACUACCCCCGUCUUCGGUCGUCACGUCGUGUAUGAUUGCCCCAACGCCAAGCUCAUGGAGCAGAAGAAGUUUGUCAAAUUCGGUCUCACAUCCGAGGCGCUUCGCUCUUAUGUCCAAUUGAUCACCGCCGAGGUCGAGGACUUUAUCCAGAGCUCCCCAGCGUUCAACGACCCCAAGGGUACCUUUAAUGUGUCCAAAGUGAUUGCCGAAAUCACGAUUUACACUGCCUCUCGUUCGCUUCAAGGAAAGGAAGUUCGCGCUCGCUUUGACUCGACUUUUGCGGAUAUGUACCACGACCUUGACAAGGGAUUUGCUCCGAUUAACUUCAUGCUUCCCUGGGCUCCUCUCCCUCACAACCGCAAGCGCGAUGCGGCACAGAAGAAGCUGACCGAAACCUACACGGACAUCAUCAAAGCGCGCCGCACCGCUGGUGAAAAGAAGGACUCCGAGGAUAUGGUUUGGAACCUGAUGUCUUGCAACUACAAGAACGGAAACCCCAUCCCCGACGAGGAAAUCGCCCACAUGAUGAUCGCCUUGUUGAUGGCUGGCCAGCACUCUUCCUCCUCGACCGCUGCUUGGAUCGUUCUGCGUUUGGCCACCUGCCCUGAGCUGGUCGAGGAGCUCUACCAGGAACAGAUCAGGGUUCUAGGCUCUGACCUCCCUCCUCUCACCCACGAGAGCCUCAACAAGUUGGAUCUGCAUGCCAAAGUCAUCAAAGAGACUCUGCGCAUCCACGCCCCUAUUCACUCCAUCAUUCGUGCCGUCAAGAAUCCCAUGCCCAUCGAAGGAACCAACUUCGUGAUCCCUACCACCCACAACUUGCUGUCCUCUCCCGGUGUCACGGCUCGUUCUGCUGAGUUCUUCCCUGAGCCCCUCAAGUGGAACCCCCAUCGUUGGGAUGAGGCCGAGGCUCCCAAGGACGAAGAUGAGGAGCAGAUCGACUAUGGGUAUGGUCUGGUCACCAAGGGCACCAACAGCCCGUAUCUUCCUUUCGGUGCUGGUCGCCACCGCUGCAUUGGUGAGCAGUUUGCCUACGUGCAGCUGGGCACUAUCCUGGCUUCGUUGGUGAAACACUUCAAGUUCUCCAACCCCAGCAGUGAAACCCCCUUCCCCGACACUGACUACUCGUCCCUGUUCUCCAAGCCCGCUGGUCAAUCAUUUGUCCAGUACGAGAAGCGUGGAGUCAAAGCGUAA